AUGAUGAGGACAGGCUUCCAGCGGGUGGCAAGACUUGUUCUCCACAAAGCUCUCCCCAGGAACCCCCAUAUCCUGCCCGGACUCCAGCAGGCCUCGAAGGCGUUUGGAUCCUCCACGGAUUCCCUGGUUGCAAGAUUCUGCCCAGAGAAGACAGAUUUGAAAGAUUAUGCCCUUCCCAAUGCCAGCUGGUGUCCAGAUAUGCUGAGCAUGUACCAAGAAUUUCUGGAGAAAACCAAGUCAGGCAGCUGGGUUAAACUACCCUCCUUCAAAUCCAACAGGGAACAUAUCCAGGGGCUUAAGCUCCCAUCGGGGUUGGUAGCUGCCUCAGACAAACAGGACUGGCGCAUCUUUACCAGAUGCAUCCAACUGGAAGGACAAGGCUAUGAAUAUGUCAUCUUUUUCCACCCAUCCGAGAAGAAGUCAGUCUGUCUUUUCCAGCCAGGCCCCUACCUGGAGGGGCCACCAGGGUUUGCCCACGGAGGGUCACUGGCAGCCAUGAUGGAUGAGACGUUUUCCAAAACUGCCUACCUGGCCGGAGAAGGACUAUUCACACUAAGUCUUAAUAUCAGGUUUAAAAACUUGAUCCCUGUGGGCUCUCUGGCUGUCCUGGAUGUUCAAGUAGAAAAGCUUGAAGAACAGAAGCUUUACAUGUCCUGCACCGCCCAGAGCAGAGACAAGCUGACCAUCUAUGCCAAGUCCUCCGGUGUUUUCCUUCAGCUGCAGCUGGAAGACGAGCCGUCCCAGGAGCAAUGA